UAACUGCAAUAUAGCAACAGAAAUAAUAUCAAAGUUGCAUCUAGCUUUUUUCUUUUUUUUUUUUGUUUGUUUUAAGGCUUUGAGUUAUACUCCUGUGGAAGUAAAAAACGCAGAUGAAAGAACAGAAAAAGAUAUUAGCAGGUUUCUGGCAGCAGCCAGCCUCCAAGGACUUGUUCAGGAAGGCACAAUGACCUCCUUGUGCAUUGCCAUGACCGAGGAACAGCACAAGUCAAUGAUUAUAGACUGCAGUGGACCUCAGCCUCAAUUGCAUAAUGCAGGAAGCAACAGGUUCUGUGAGGACUGGAUGCAUGCUUUUGUGAAUGGUGCUGAAGGUGGAAAUCCGUUUCUCUUCCGGCAGAUUUUGGAAAACUUUAAAUUGAAGGCUAUACAAGACAUUAACAACCUGAAGAGGUUUAUCCGCCAGGCUGAAAUGAACCACUACGCCUUGUUCAAGUGUUACAUGUUUCUAAAGAACUGCGGCAGUGGAGACAUCCUUUUGAAGAUUGUUAAAGUAGAACAUGCAGAAAUGCCAGAAGCCAGAAAUGUGGUGACAGUCCUUGAGGAAUUCAUGAGAGAAACACCAGUGGCUUAA